GCAAACCAAACCCUCUUCAAAAUAACAUAACCCUAAUCUGUAACCCUUCGAUUAAGGUUUUUGUUAUUUUUUUUUGUUUAACUGAAAAUCCCUAAAUAUCGUUACAAACCCUAGAUCCUCCUUCAGAUCGAUCUAAAGAUGGUUUCCGACGCUAGCAAGAAGAAGGCAGCCCAGAAGAAGGCGGCUGCAGCUGCGAAAAGAGGCGGCAAAUCAGCUGCUGCUUCAUCUAAGGCGGCUGGGGUAGAUAAUAAUGGAAGUGUGGACAAGUUAUCGAAUGGAAUUGGAGCUAUGCAGAUAUCAGAUCGGAAUUGUACGGGUGUUUUAUGCUCUCAUCCUCUUUCUAGAGACAUUCGAAUUGAGUCUUUAUCAGUAACUUUCCAUGGACAUGAUCUCAUUGUUGAUUCUUUGCUUGAGCUCAACUAUGGCAGACGUUAUGGAUUACUCGGUUUAAAUGGAUGUGGUAAAUCAACACUCUUAACUGCUAUUGGUUGCCGUGAACUUCCCAUUCCAGACCACAUGGAUAUUUAUCAUCUUACCAGAGAAAUUGAAGCUUCCGACAUGUCUUCGCUCGAGGCUGUUAUUUGCUGUGAUGAGGAGAGGUUGCAUUUGGAAAAGGAAGCUGAGAUCUUAGCAGCACAGGAUGAUGGAGGUGGAGAGGCUCUUGAACGUAUUUAUGAACGCUUGGAAGCUUUAGAUGCAUCCACUGCCGAAAAACGUGCUGCUGAGAUCUUGUUUGGUCUUGGUUUUACUAAGCAGAUGCAGGAGAAGAAAACUCGUGACUUUUCAGGUGGCUGGAGGAUGAGGAUUGCCUUAGCUAGGGCGCUAUUCAUGAAACCCACUAUCCUCUUGCUUGAUGAACCUACCAAUCAUCUUGAUCUGGAAGCCUGUGUCUGGCUGGAGGAAACUCUGAAGAAUUUUGACCGCAUUCUAGUUGUGGUCUCCCACUCUCAAGAUUUUUUGAACGGUGUCUGCACAAACAUUAUACACAUGCAAAGCAAGAAAAUUAAGAUCUAUUCUGGGAAUUAUGAUCAAUAUGUCCAGACCCGUUCUGAGCUGGAAGAGAAUCAAAUGAAACAGUACAAGUGGGAGCAGGAGCAGAUUUCUUCAAUGAAGGAGUAUAUUGCCAGAUUUGGUCAUGGUUCAGCAAAAUUAGCACGUCAAGCUCAGAGCAAAGAGAAAACACUUGCGAAAAUGGAGCGGGGUGGGCUUACAGAAAAGGUGUCCAGGGACAAAGUUCUGGUCUUCCGCUUUGUUGAUGUUGGGAAACUGCCACCACCAGUGCUUCAGUUUGUUGAAGUUUCAUUUGGCUAUACUCCUGACCAUAUUCUCUUCAAAAACCUCGACUUUGGGGUAGAUCUGGAUUCUAGGGUUGCUCUGGUGGGGCCCAAUGGUGCUGGGAAGAGUACUCUGCUGAAGCUCAUGACAGGGGAGUUGGUACCUGCUGAUGGCAUGGUUAGGCGGCACAAUCACUUAAGAAUUGCUCAAUAUCAUCAGCAUUUGGCUGAAAAGCUUGAUUUGGAGAUGCCGGCCCUGCAGUACAUGAUGAAAGAGUAUCAAGGAAAUGAGGAAGAAAAAAUGAGAGCAGCAAUAGGGAGGUUUGGGUUGACCGGAAAAGCCCAGGUGAUGCCCAUGAAGAAUUUGUCUGAUGGGCAGAGGAGCCGGGUAAUUUUUGCUUGGUUGGCUUUCAGGCAGCCUCAGAUGCUGCUAUUGGAUGAACCAACAAACCAUUUAGAUAUCGAGACCAUUGACUCGCUGGCUGAGGCAUUGAAUGAAUGGGAUGGGGGUAUGGUUCUUGUGAGCCACGAUUUCAGGCUUAUAAACCAGGUAGCUCAGGAGAUUUGGGUUUGUGAGAAUCAAUCCGUUACCCGAUGGGAGGGUGGUAUCAUGGACUUCAAGGCACACCUUAAGAGGAAGGCUGGCUUAUCUGAUUAAGUCAGACUACGGGGUGGAUAUGAAGAUUUUUUAUCAUCCACUCCCAUUAAUUCUGGUUGCGUCUCACAGCCCUGAGCUUACAGUACCAAACCAAAGCAUAGGGCCGGCGAUUACAUCAUUUUUAUGAUGCUCGCCUGAGACGACAACAAGGAAGGAAGGAUGCUAGGGAAGCAGAGAUGGGAUAAGAAAGGCUUUGUUAUUUCUUUUGCGUUAUAGUAUCGUGCCCUCUGCUCAGGUACUAGCUGUUAUUUUUGCUCUAUUUAUUUAUGUUUGCAUUCCUAUUAUAUACUUAGUUACGCAACAUAGUAGAUGAUUUGACGAUAUUUCUUGAGCUUGACAAUAUUUCUCGAGGGUAGACGUGUCGUACUGAUACGAAACCUCUUGACCGUACUUUUGUUAUAUUGCAAGUAUAUGCUGUAUCUGAGAAUUUUAAGUGAUAACCUAAAUUUUUA